AGAACAUAAUUUAAUUAUUUGUUAUUUAUUAAUUCAACAGAUUAUUAGAUGGAAGACCAAUUCCACCUCCAAAACCCACUAAUUACAUUUCAAGACAAAUAAGAUCUCCAGAAAAUGUUAAUACUGUUACUUUACCAAGAUCACCUAAUGCUACUGGAUCUUACAAUCCAAAUAGGAACAGUUUAGCAGUUCAGUCACCAUAUUAUUGUAAAUCAUCUAUUAAUACUGACCCAUCAUCAUUUGGCAAAUCAAUAACUUUUUCUAAUAAUCCUCAGAAUUCUUUUCCAAUUAAUUCAUCUCAUCAGUAUUUGGAUAAUGAAGAAUGCAUGAACAACAAUUUUGAUCAAAUAUAUGAGUGUCAUCCGUAUUCUAAAAGUAUAGAUUAUGUUUCAACUAAUACAAUUCCAAGAACAGUAAAUGGAAGGACUCCAUAUAACAGUAUACCAAUUAGUUCUAAUCAUUAUCCACUACAGUUGCAUCAUCUUUCACAACCACCACCACCUCCUCCUCCUCAAAUAAUUUCAAACAGAGAAAGUCGUGGAAGUGCUUUUGAACUAUAUCGUAAACCAAACAGUCUAGUAUCUGGAGCAGCAUCACAUCUUUCGUCUAUUGAACAUUCAAAAUAUCAUGUGCCAAUGCCUAAUGACAAUCACAAUGUUGUUGCCAUGGCUAGAGGUAUAUUUGGGCAAGCUGGGGGUAAACUAACAUCUGAUGAAACUGGUGUGAGUAUAAUGAUUCCUCCAGGGGCUCUUCCUAGUCCUACUGAAAUCUAUUUUAAAGUUUGUCAAGAUGAUAAUAUGUUACCACCUCUUGAUAGAGAAAAAGGUGAAACAUUACUAAGUCCUUUAGUACUAUGUGGACCUCCAGGACUGAAAUUUGCUUUACCAGUGGAAUUAAGAUUGCCUCAUUGUGUUUCUAUUCAUCCACAUAAUUGGUCUUUUGCUUUAAAGUCAAGUGAUGCUCCAAAUGGGAAACCAUCAGAAUGGCAAAACAUAUCAUUAGACAGUAAGAGUGAAAUUGAUCGGAGCUAUAUUCAAGAUGGUUAUGUUUCAGUUUUAGUGGACCAUUUUUGAAGAAAACUUGUAAAUUUGUACAGUUUUUAUAAUCAUGUAUUCAUAUGUAAAAUGUUUCACUUGUUAUCAGAAAAUAAAUACUAGUCAGAAUCUAAAAAUAUAGUAAUUA